AUGACAAAUUUUUUUAAAUUUAAAAAAUCUAAAGAAGAGAAUUUGUCACAACCAAAAUUGGUAACGAAAGCUAUAAUUUCAUCAGAUUAUAUAAAAAAAUUACCAAAAUAUGAAGAUAAAAGAACUAUAAUUUAUUAUUGGGGAAAAAGGGUUAUAAAUGAAAAUGAUGACACUCCUGAAUAUUUACCUACAAUAUAUACUGAACUUAGUCAUGUAAAAAUAAAAGAGAUAAGUUGCAAUAAAACUUGUGCUUUAUUUUUAAGUAAUACAGGGAAUAUGUAUUCAUUUGGUAAAGGAUUACACGGAGAGUUAGGGCAAGGUAAUUUAAUUGUUUAUAAUAUACAACCUUCAUUAAUUGAAUCAGUAAAUAAUAUAAAACAAAUAGCUUGCGGUUAUAAUCAUUCUCUUUGUUUAUCAAAUGACAAUAUUCUUUACGCUUGGGGUCAUGGAAAUUACAAUGGAUUAAAAUGUAAUUUUGAUAGAUUUGUACCAACAGUAUUAAAUAUAAUAGAUUAUGGGGAUGUUAUUGAAACAACGUUAAAUGUGUUAUCUCAUUUAAUAACAGAUUACGAAAAUCGUGACAAAAAAAAAAAAGUAUGCACGCAAAUAUUUGCAAAAUAUAAUCAAAGUAUAGCUGUGUGCGAUAAUAAUAGAUCUCUAUACAUAUGGGGAGAAACAUAUAAUAAUUAUUUGAAGUAUGUACCUACAUUUUUUUACAAGUUUGAAUCAAAUAAAAUAAAACAAAUAGCAAUGGGAAAAAAUUUUGCCAUUUUAUUAUUAAUUAAUGGAGAAUUAUACGGAUGGGGUGAUGGAACAUAUGGAGAAUUAUGUAAAAGUUCAUUUGAUGAUGAGGGUGGAUGUUAUUUUAUUUAUCCAGAACCAUUAAUAUUAAGAGAUGCUAAUAACAAAAAAUUACCAAAAGUUAAUAAGGUAAGUGCAGGAGCAAGGCAUGUUUUGUUAAUAACUGAAGAUGAACAUGUUUGGUCAUUUGGAGAUAAAAUUUCAGGACAAUGUGGAAUUUCUGGUUUUCAAAACAUAGUUACUACACCAAAAUUCGUUGAAUUACAUGAGAAUAAUCAAAAGGCUAAAAAAAUAUUUUGUGGAGAAAGGCAUUCUGCGUGCAUAAAUAAAUUUAAUCAAUUGUACAUGUGGGGUCAUUCUGCACACCAUAAAUUAAUAUUUACAGCUAGUUCAGAUUUUUUAUUAAAUCAAAAUAUUCAGCCAGGUAUUUCUAUUCAAUCUGGAUUAAAGCAAAAAUUUAACAAAGCUACGUUAAUUUACUCAAUGUUACAUCAAAAGGUCACUAAUGCAUAUUUGGGUGAUGAUUUUACAAUUAUAGUUGUUGGUGGAGAAACUUGUGAGAAACAUAGACAAUGUGAUCAAUGUUCUGAUAAAACCUUUUACUCUGUUCAAGAGGAAAGUGCAUAUAUUUCAACAUAA